ACACGCUGUCCCUUCGCCAAAAACGCGUUGGAGGGAGUGCGUGUCUGACAGGCCUUUGCAGUAGGACCGAAAGCAGAUUUCCAACGCUUCUAACAGCAAGCCGCAUAAGUUAAUCUGUAACAUAUCAAAAAUGAGCUAUCACAAACCAGACGAGAAAACCCUGCAAGGGCUGAAGGACAUCGCCAAUAAACUGAGAAUCAAUUCAAUCAAGGCAACAUGCGCAUCAAACUCUGGACACCCCACCUCUUGCUGCAGUGCAGCAGAGCUCAUGUCAGUGCUCUUCUUCCACACCAUGCGCUACAAGGCCGAUGACCCACGCAACUGCUGCAACGAUCGCUUUGUCAUGUCCAAGGGCCAUGCGGCUCCUAUUCUCUACGCUGCCUGGGCUGAGGCCGGCUUCGUCAAGGAGUCUGAACUCCUGAACCUCCGCAAGCUGGACUGUGAGCUGGAGGGCCAUCCCACCCCUAAACUGGAGUUUGUGGACGUGGCCACCGGUUCCCUGGGUCAGGGUCUAGGGGCAGCCUGUGGCAUGGCCUACACCGGCAAGCACUUUGACAAAGCCAGCUACCGUGUGUACUGCAUGAUGGGAGACGGCGAGUGUUCGGAGGGGGCGGUGUGGGAGGCCAUGGCCUUCGCCUCCUACUACAAGCUGGAUAACCUGGUGGCCAUCCUGGACGUCAACCGGCUGGGCCAGAGCGAGGCCGCCCCCCUGCAGCACGACAUGGACACCUACAGGAAACGCUGCGAGGCAUUCGGGUUCAACACGUAUGUGGUGGAUGGUCAUGAUGUGGAGGAGCUGUGCAAGGCCUUCUGGCAAGCUCAGCAGGUCAAAGGGAAGCCCACCGCCAUCGUGGCCAAAACAUUCAAGGGCAAAGGCCUCACCGGCAUCGAGGACAUGGAUAACUGGCACGGUAAGCCGAUCCCCAAGGACCGCGUGGACGCCCUGCUGAAGGAGCUGCAGGCCCAGAUCCAGUCGCCCAACAAGACGCUGACCCCAGAGGCCCCCCAGGAGGACGCCCAGGCAGUCGACUACUCCGCCAUACGCCUCCCCUCGCCCCCCGCAUACAAACUGGGAGAUAAGGUGGCCACCCGGAAGGCCUAUGGCGUGGCGCUGGCCAAGCUGGGGCAGGGCAGCCCCAGGGUGGUGGCUCUGGACGGGGACACAAAGAACUCCACCUUCUCAGACAUGUUCAAGAAGGCCCACCCCGACCGCUUCAUCGAGUGCUUCAUCGCCGAGCAAAACAUGGUCAGUGUUGCCAUUGGCUGUGCCACGCGUGACCGCACGGUGGCGUUCGCCAGCACCUUCGCGGCCUUCUUCUCGCGCGCCUACGACCAGAUCCGCAUGGCCGCCAUCUCCCAGUCUAACGUCAACUUGGCCGGCUCCCACUGCGGCGUCUCAAUCGGUGAGGAUGGACCCUCUCAGAUGGCCUUGGAAGACCUGGCAAUGUUCCGUGCCAUCCCAACAUGCACCGUGUUCUACCCCAGUGACGGCGUAUCCACUGAGCGUGCUCUGGAGCUGUCCUCCAACACCAAGGGAAUCUGCUUCAUCCGCACCAGCCGCCCUGAGACAGCCGUUAUCUACCCACCAGACGAGAAGUUUGAGAUUGGACACGCAAAGGUGGUGCGCCAGUCCGACAGUGACCGCGUGACUGUGAUCGGAGCUGGAAUUACUUUGCAUGAAACACUCGCUGCUGCUGAGCAGCUGGCUGGAGAAGGAGUGAACAUCCGUGUGAUCGACCCCUUCACCAUCAAGCCCCUGGAUGCUCAGACCAUCGUGUCCAGUGCCAGGGCCACCGGCGGCAGGAUCAUCACCGUGGAGGAUCACUACAAAGAGGGUGGUCUGGGCGAGGCCGUGUUGGCAGCCGUGGCAGGCGAGCCGGGCAUUGUGGUGCAGAGCCUGUCGGUGAGCCGCGUGCCCCAGAGCGGCAAGCCGCAGGAGCUGCUGGACAUGUUUGGCAUCAGCGCCAAGAGCAUCGUGGCCGCAGUCAAGGGCACCUUCGCCAACUGAAGAAGCGGCAACGGACGACGGCCGGCAUCGUCAAGAAGACCUCAUCACCCACUCUGCUUCUCGUCCACUCUCUCUCUUUCUCUAUAUCAUGAAGUCCCUUCAACGUUGCGGUGCAUAGACUAACAAAUGAGAGCCUGGCUCCAACGCUCACUCACCAACCAACAAAGUCACUCACAGCAGCAGGUCAACCCCAACAGAUGUUUAGACUUGAGUUUAGAUAGUACCUGAUCACGCCUUUUUUGUUUUUUAUUACAUCGUCAAAACAUUCCUUUGUACUCUCAAUGGACUUAAGUUGUCUUAAUUUUCAGUUCUUAUUUGCUUUUGUAUUGUUUUGAAGACCUCACGAAAUACUGUAGGCAUUUCUUUGCCGUGAUUUUGUCUGUUUUUUCAGUCAUUCCACUUGAAGGUUCCUUUUGAAAAGCUUGACGCUGGGCUCAACAUCCUCAUGUCUGGCAAGGUGUAGUUAUCCAAACGAGGAAAAAAAAACAGUGCCCUUGUUUUCACAAGACAUUUCAUAAUGAAGGCUUAAUAUCUUGCCUCCCUUGCCCGUAUUACAGUAGUUAAAAUUCAUUGUGAAUUUUGAAAAUGAGCUGCAAUUGACUAAGUCCCGCAUGCCAUUCCAAUGUUUUCCCCUCAUUCCUUUUUGUAUGUCUGUCUGUCUUCUAAUAAUAACUUCAUGGAUGUUUUGUAAGUUGGCCUUGAUGCAUACUAUUUGUUCCCUGAGUAGUGUUUUUGUAGCGGAAAGACUUACUCGCAAACCUCUGUGUGAUGGUAAGACUGCAAUGAACAGUGGUGUACUGGGUCAAAUAAUACUUAACAUGCCAGAAAUGACUUGUGUUACUAACGAACGGUGCCUCAUCAGUUUGGAGAAGGGGAAAAAACUAGUUUGCACUGCCUUUGCUGUAAUAAAUAAAUACUGACUUGGUUGAAAUUCAA